AUGACGAGGCCACGGAUCUUGCGAGCCGAUACCCUUGACCUUCAAGACCAGCAUGCUCCGUCAGCAAAGGACCAUUCAAAAAGCACUGUCCACACAAAUAUGGACAAUGGCAUAGCCCCCCAUCAAGAGCAGCCUCUUCGCCAUGCGGACCACGAUCCAAAAGCUGAGGUGGGGCCAGAUAGCCAUGAAACCCACCUGGACACCGAUGGAUACUGUGAUGAUACAUAUGACAUAAAUAGCGACCUGGGCGUCCACGCACGCGAGGGUGAUAGUGGUUCAGGAGGUGAAGAAGCCGAUCUCACAGACGGGGAAGCCGACGAUUUGCUCGACGACGAUUUAAUGGACAAAAUAUCCAGCUCUCCUUCAAUCGAUGAUGUAGAAGAUAUCGAUUUCGAAUUCGUUUACGCCCUACAUAAUUUUGUUGCAACCGUGGACGGACAGGCCAAUGCGUCAAAAGGUGACACUAUGGUUCUCCUGGAUGAUAGCAACAGCUAUUGGUGGCUUGUUCGAAUUGUCAAGGAUGGUAGUAUUGGAUAUUUACCUGCCGAACAUAUCGAGACUCCCACUGAAAGACUAGCACGUUUAAACAAACACAGAAAUGUGGAUCUUUCCGCAACGAUGCUUGGAGACAAUUCAGAGAAGUCCAAGAACCCUCUGAAGAAGGCAAUGCGGCGGCGAAAUGCGAAGACCGUUACUUUCACCAGCCCAACUUAUAUCGAAGCUUCUGAUAUCGAAUAUUCCACAGAAGAAGAGCUAGAUGACGAUGCCUCUUUUAACGACGACUACGCAUCUAGAGAUGAGGAUGACCUCCGAGAGGAACAGAAUGAAGAUAUCGUCGUUGAGCCGCUAAGGCCGAAAUCGCAACGGGAUAAAGACACCGAAGAGGUGCAGAGCACACAAGAUGUAGAAGAAUCCGAAAUGACGAGCCCCGACAAGCAGCGGUCAAGCCAGGAGAUUUUUGAGCAAGAUUCCGAAGUCAAUGUAAGCAGGUCCAGAAAUGGCACUGUCAGGAAUACAGAUUCUUUCUUUAGAGACGACACCGUUGAAACCAAGAAAAUCUCUCUUACCCCAAACCUCCUUCGUGACGAGGUUGGUCUUACGUCAAGUGAGGCUAAGGAGGGUCGUGUCAGCUUAGAGACCAUCGAUACAGUCAGUUCAAAUGAGAAAAACAAAGACGACAAAAAGCGAAAGGACAAGAAGUCUGGGAUGCUCAGUGGGCUUUUCAAGAGAAAAGACAAGAAAUCGAAGACAAUCGAUGACGAAAUUGAAGAGCUUGAGAAGCAUUCAAGCGACUUAUCGCGAUCAUCGCCGACACCAAAGACAUCUUUGGAGUCCAUAUCUUCUCCUGAGUCUCAAACCGCUAAGCAAACUAAACCACCAAGACAGUCUAGUAAGCUACAGAAACAACCGACUGAAACAAUGGCCCUUGCAACUCGGGAAAUGCAUCAAGGGUCUAAGACAGUGGCCCCAGUUGAGGAGAAGCAAUCCGCACCCCGGGAAGAGCACAGACCAGAUCAGACAAUUCGACAAGUGGUGCUCGAAGAAGUGGAGGAGAUUGCCGGAUCUUCACGUUCUAGGGCUUAUGAAGCUGAUCAUCAGACGAUGUCGAAUUCUGCUCGUGUUCCGAGUCCCUCCAAGAAGCCAAUGUCACCGACUGAAGGACAGAAUGAUAUGCAAGAUAUGGCGGACCAGUUGACAUCCUCGCAGCACUCUGUGACUUCACCACCCCAAAAGUUCCAACCAAAGCCGACGGAAGAGUGUCAAACCCGAAUGUUUGAUUCUCCUGUCGACGUUUCGCCGCUAGAAUGCCAGAGCUCUCCGAGCAUUCCUGCACUCACGACCGACGUCUCCCCUUCUGGAGAUCAUUCUGCUUCCCCCGAUUCUCCUCUAUUUCCGACGGUUGCCACUCCUGACAGUAAACGCACAGAGACAAGUACUACUUGGAGUGAUUCUAGCUUGCGCGCAUAUUUGGAUGACGACAACGAUAUCCGAGACCUGUUUAUCAUUGUCCACGACAAUUCCAACAUUCCCCCAGCUGGCCCCGAUCACCCAAUCACGGGCAGCCUCUUCAAGGAGGAAAGCAAGCGGUUGAAGGAGAUGACUGGCCAGCUGGAUGCUAUGUUAUCUGACUGGGUGAACCAUAGAGUGCGAAACUCGAGCCGAUGA